AUGGCGCUCGUAGCCUAUUCCGACUCCGAGGCCUCUGACACCGAGCCAGAUACCACCCCCGCACCUCCCGUCGAGAAAUCCAAGAAACCCGAUGCAAGCACCGGCUUCCAAGUCGAUCGCGGCAACCCGCGCAAGAUUCGCGUCGCUCUGCCGGAGCUGAAACCCGAAGGUCCUACAGACGCAGAUGGUGAUGAUGGACCCGCGCGCAAGAAGGCCAGGCUGGGAGGAGGUUCGGGAGGUGCAUUCUCGGGCUUCAACUCGUUCCUGCCCGCGCCCAAGCGGGUGGCUGAGAAGAAAGUACCGAUAGCAUCCACGCGCAAGAUAUUCAGUUUAAAGACUGGUGCUGAGCCUGGGUUUGACCGCUCCGCAGAUGCGGAGAUGAGGAAUAGUCGGGCACUUGAGGAUGACACUAGUACGGGCGAUGGGAUCAGUCCUGUCGCUGGCAGCUCGGAGAGUACAUCAGACCUGCCAAUGAAGAAGACAGAGGCUGGAGAAGUCAAGCUCCAAGGAAACCCUAUGAUGUUCCGGCCACUAUCUGUCGCACGAAAUCAAAAGAAGAAAAAGACGACCACCAAGGUCGCGUCUCAGCCCACACCUUCGGCACCAGCUCCUGCAGCGGCAAAGCCAGUAGAAGCUGUGGCAGAACAAUCGACAGCACCAGCUCCUGCUCUCGCGCCACCCAAACCAAAAUUCAGCCUAUUCUCGCUAUUAUCCGAUGACACAGCUGCGACAGAGACGGCUUCGACGACCACGGGAACCUACGAGCCUUUGGUUUACAACACCGGUACCGAGGCUGCGGCAACGGACCCAGCGCUGGUACCAGAGUCCAUGCCUACCGACGCAGCAUACUAUCCAACCAAUGCUUCCGUAUCGUCCUCCCUGGACACAAUCGCCAAUGACCUCAACCUAUCCAAAUCCGAACGCCGGCAACUCUUCGGCCGCAAUGCCCCCUCAGCCGACUCCCGCAUCCUCACAUUCAACACGGAUAAAGAGUAUGCCUCGAACCAAGCUAUCAGCGAGGCCGAACUCGCUGCUACACAGCACAAUCCCGUCCGUGCUAUCGCUCCUGGCAAGCAUACCUUGCAGCAGCUGGUCAAUGCCGCGAGCAGUCAGAAGGAUGCUCUGGAGGAGAGCUUUGCCACUGGAAGGAGGAACAAGAAGGAAGCUGGUUCCAAGUAUGGAUGGUAG